AUGACGGAACCCCCCGCGAAGAAGAAGUGCCUGGGAGUCGACUGCCCCAAUGACGCCGGCUCUCUCCAGUGCCCAACAUGUUUGAAGCUUGGAAUCAAGGAUAGCUUCUUUUGCUCUCAAGACUGCUUCAAGAAGAACUGGGGCAACCACAAGUCUAUGCACAAGACCGAGACAAGUAUAAUCCACCACGUCCUUCCGCCAAAAGUAGUCUCUAAACCAGAUCCAGAGACAGGUGUUUUCAACCCGUUCCCGACCUACCCAUUCAGCGGCCCUCUCCGACCCGUCUACCCUCUGUCACCGCGGCGCACCGUUCCCAAGCACAUCCCCCACCCAGACUGGUGGCAGGAUGGUCAACCCAAGUACCCCAGAUCCAUCCUUAACAGGAACAAGGUCGACAUCUUGGAUGCGAAGGGAAUCGAGGGCAUGCGCAAGGUCUGCCGCCUGGCAAGAGAGGUCCUGGACAUCGCUGCCGCCGCCGUCAAGCCUGGUAUCACGACUGACGCCAUCGACGAGAUUGUCCACAACGCCUGCAUAGAGCGCAAUGCGUACCCCUCCCCCCUCAACUACAACCACUUCCCCAAGUCUGUGUGCACGUCGCUCAACGAGGUCAUCUGCCACGGAAUCCCCGACCAGCGUGUGCUGCUUGACGGCGAUAUCCUCAACAUCGACGUUACCCUUUACUUCGAGGGCUACCAUGGCGACCUUAACGAGACUUACUACGUCGGUGAUCGGGCCAAGGCCGACCCCGAUGCUGUCAGAGUUGUGGAAGCUGCGCGUGACUGUCUGGAUGCGGCCAUUGCGGCAGUGAAGCCUGGCACGCUGAUCCGCGAGUUCGGUAACAUCAUUGAAAAGAUCGCGAAGGAGCGGAACUGCAGUGUCAUCCGUACGUACUGCGGACACGGCAUCAACAAGCUGUUCCACUGCCCUCCCAACGUUCCUCAUUACGCCAAGAACAAGCAGGUCGGAGAAUGCAAGCCCGGCAUGACCUUCACGAUCGAGCCCAUGAUUGCUCUUGGCAAGUACCGUGAUAUUACCUGGCCCGACAACUGGACCAGCACGACGAUUGACGGCAAGAAGACCGCGCAGUUUGAGCACACACUGUUGGUCACUGAAGAUGGAGUGGAGGUCCUUACAGCCAGGAAAGCCGAUUCCCCCGGCGGAAAGAUCCCGAUGCCUGGCACCAACAGCGAGGCCAACGGCACAACCGCAUAA